UUUUGCCCUUUGUUUUCUUUCUUCUAUUCCUUUCUUUAUUCUCUUUGUUUUUUCCACAACUAGCUACAAUGCAUCACAGUCACCGAUACCCGCUUCCUUGUUUGUAUUGCCACCCACAUAGCUAUAUUAGGAUGGUUCAGAAUCUCAUCGAGAGGUGCAUGCUGUUUCACAUGAGUCAAGAACAGUGCAUAAGGGCUCUGGCAGAACAUGCAGGGAUUAAACCACUUGUUACUGUUACAGUGUGGAAAGAGUUGCAAAAGGAGAACAGGGAAUUCUUUAGAGCAUAUUUGCAGGUUGUCACUCCCAGACCAUUCAUAAAUAGAUAUUUUCAAAGGGCAUCAAGAUUGGCUAGAAGAAAACACUGGAAACGAUAAAGUGAAUUGAGGCUCAUGAGUAAUCCUACAAGGGAAAAGUGUGCUGGAUUUCUCUGUUACCAUUUAGUGAAAGAUGGAUCAUGGAAAUAUUAGCAAUGACUAAUCAUUGCAAUAAAGUUACUACUUAGCCUAAUUUUGUGGGCUUCCUUCUCUAAUGGUUUGUGGGUGCAGACUCUCCUUCCUGCCACAUAUAGCGUGUAGUUCUUUAAUACAAGAUGCUUUUCUGGGAAGCAUUAAAGAAUAAAAAUUGUACCAUAGUCGCAUUAGCUUUAAAUUUUGGUGUGUAAGAAUGCAAUAUGUGAUUAAAGUCUUUUAGAUUUAUUUUUGUGUAAUUUUCCAAUUUCAGGUUAGAUUUCUUUGUUUUAUUGUUUCUUUUUUUGGUGUCUGUGUUAUCCUUAUUUCUAGCAUUUUGAUUACCAGAAAGCUGUUAUUGCUACUUGUAUAAAUUUGACAGUUAAUUCAGAUGUACCAAACUUAAGGAUAA